CCAUACAAUCAACAACUCAGUUACUAUCAAAUAAAUCAUUCAAUUGACACUAAGCAAUGUGGUAAUAGAAAUGAUAAGCGAUCCAAACGAGCUGUAAGAGUAAUUAAUGAAGCACCAUGCAUACUAAAGAACGCGAGAAAAGGUGUCAAACUUAACAUAACAAGCACAACUGAUAAAAAUUAUCAGAAACUGUAUCACGAAGAUACCGUUGCAAUCUGUUUACUAUUUGUAAGUAAUUAGAAAUGUUUAGGACGAUUUAAAAUAAAGCGGAUCAUAUUGUAGUACGCAGGAUUGAAAUGGAAGAAAAUCAAUGCGUAAAACGAUCUACAGCCGAGAAGAUUCUGUGUAUUUUAUUUACUGUUUUGCUGUGUGUUACAUUUGUUUUGAUAGGAAUUGUCAUUUUCUUUGCAACAAAUAGAGCAGAUCACAACGAGGCGACAAGUAUUUGUACCACUGCUGCCUGCGCAAAAGCGGCUUCGAGGAUACUAACUGCAGCCGACUUUUCUGUAAAGCCAUGUGACAAUUUUUACGAGUUUGCCUGUGGUAAAUGGAUGGAGAGGAAUAUUGUACCGGAAGAUAAAUCUUACCAUGCUACCUUCACAAUACUGCGGGAUGAAGUUCAAAUUAUUAUUAAAGGAUUACUUGAGAACAACAGAACAGAAGAUGAUAUAGAAUCGGUUUCCAAGGCAAUAAAUCUGUACAAGUCUUGUAUGAAUACAGACUUAAUAGAUAAACGGGACAUCUCAGUUCUAUUUCCUGUGUUGGAAGAACUCGGUGGUUGGCCAGUUCUUGGAAAUUCUACAGGCGGUAGACUGACAUUUGAUGAUUAUAGCCUAAAUGAACUAUUAGGGAGACUAAUGCGAUAUUAUAAUAGUCCCCUCAUUAGUAUGUAUGUAUAUCAGGAUUAUAAACAAACCAAUAGGAAUAUCAUUUAUAUGGACCAAGCCAGUUUACUCCUUCCGAGUAGAGAUUACUACACCAAAGGAAAGGAUGACAUUGUUAUACGAGGUCUAACAAAAGUUAUCACUACAUUCUGUAAUCUGAUUGGCUUACAUACUGAUGACGUACGACAAGAUGUAUCAGAUAUGAUUGAUUUUGAAAUAGGUCUUUCCAAGAUUCUGACGCCUAGAGAGCACAGAAGGGAUUAUGAAAAACGAUACAAUCCUUUCAAAGUUGGAGACCUUAACAAAGAAUUUGGAAUAUCGUUAAAACAUAAUUUCAGUUUGGAGGGUUACCUUCGGGAAACGUUUUCCAUGAAAGGUGUAGAAAUUGACCUAAACGAUGAUGAUACUGUAAUUAUACAUGACAUGAAUUACACGUCACAAUUUAUUGACUUUUUGGAUACCUAUCCUCCAAGAACGGUUGCAAAUUAUGUCAUACUACGAUUUCUCCGAAAUAGAUUGAAUAACUUACCUGAGAGAUUUACAGAUUUAAUAUUAGAGAUAUCGAAGUUAACAGACGGAAGAACAAUUUCGAAACCAAGAUGGAAGAAAUGUUCUUCAUUAGUAACAUCUUACAUUGGACUCGCAGUGGGACGUCUAUUUGUAAAAGAUAAUUUUGCUCCGGACGCAAAACUUGGGAUGAGCACUAUGAUAAGAUAUAUAAACGAGUCGUUUAAUGAUAUUUUAAACGAGCUGGAUUGGAUGGAUGCCGAUACAAUGACCGCAGCUGAGGAAAAGAUUGAAUUUAUGGACGUCAAAAUAGGAUACGAUGAAGAUAUUUUGGAUGACGAGUUAUUGGACAGGCGCUACGAAAAUGUUAGCAUUGAUCCUAACUUUUACUUUGAUAAUAUAUUAGGAUUAUUAAACACGGCUGUUAAAGAGAACUUGAUCAAGCUUCGAUCAAAAGUAUUUCGGCUUGGUUGGGAAACUUCUCCGUCAACUGUCAAUGCUUACUACAGUUCUUCAGACAACAGAAUAAUAUUUCCUGCUGGAAUUUUACAGCAACCAUAUUAUCAUGAAGAUCAAUUGUGGUCCCUGAAUUUCGGCGCCAUCGGAACUUUGAUUGGACAUGAAAUAACACACGGAUUUGAUGACGGAGGUCGUCAGUUUGAUAAAGAUGGCCGACUUGAUCAAUGGUGGAACGAUAGUGCAAUUGAAAGAUUUAACAAAAAAACAGAUUGUUUUAAGAACCAGUAUGGUAACUUUAUAAUACCAGAAGCAGGAGGAAUUAAGAUGAAUGGUAUCAACACUCUGGGUGAAAAUAUUGCUGAUAAUGGUGGCAUAAAGCAAAGCUUUCGUGGAUAUCAAAAAUGGUUAAAGCACAAUGGUGGUGAAGAAAAGUUAUUACCUGGAGUUAAUCUGACCAAUAAUCAAUUGUUCUUUAUAGCAUUUGCUCAGAUUAGAUGCACAAAUAUGAGAAAGAAAGAUGCCAUCGGUAGUAUAUUGACUGCUGUUCAUAGUCCAGCAAGGUUUAGAGUUAUUGGCACUUUGCAGAACUUCGCAGAAUUUGCGAGAGUUUACAAUUGUCCGGUGGGGAGUUUUAUGAAUCCUGUAAAGAAGUGUUCCGUUUGGUGAGGAUAUUCUCUACAAGGUAGUAGAUCGGAAGCUGUAACAAAGCUCGAUGAAAUAUAAAUAGCAAUCUUCGAAACAGAGGCUACUGUUGACCCUUUUACAAAAUGAUACUGGUUCUCUCUUAAGCUUAUUCCUACGAUUGGACAAUAAUAAAUUCAAAGGACCAGACAGUUGGCUAAAGCAUUAUCAUUUUGUUUUGUUUUUCAAAGAGAAAAGCAUGUGCAAAUUAUUCCAGAAAUUGACGAUUUCAAUUUUCAUCGAUCGCGCGCGAGCAGUGUAUUUUCAAAUCGCAAACGUACCCAAAUCAAAAAUAUACCCUGUAAUUACUUUAUGAUAAUCAAUGAUUGGCUGUGAUCACGUUAUGCUAACCAUUGAUUUGACUCAAUUUCUUCAUGUUAUUUUUCUUAAGAAAUAUGUAGAAAAACGUGAAUUCCGACACAACGUAUUCAGACGUACAACCAGUUACUGUUCAGUAAAACUGUUAAUAAUAAAUGCUUGUUAUGUAAACAUUGAGCACAUGAUAAAGCGUUACAAAACUUCAAUAUGCAUAUCAAGGAGUACAUGUCUCACAUGGAUUAAUCUAACUUUCUGUUUCAAAAGUUGUAUGAAAGUGUGAUAAUUCAGUGCAUUCGAUUACAAGUUGCAAAUGCAGAUGAACAUUUACAUUUGGAAUACAAUCAUAAAACGUCAUUUUAAAUUGCAUCAACUAAUGCCUUUUUCAUUAUUCAAAUUGAACUCUUCAUUAUUCAACAAUUAAACCGCAUGUCUAUUUAUAAUAGUGUCAAACGAACACUUGAUUUUGCAGAUAAAACAUUUGAGAAAUGAUAUGUCAUUUUAAAUAGCAUAAACUACAUAUUAUUUAGUGCUUCGUAAUUCAAACUGAGAUCAUUAUCAUUUGGAAAUUGAUGUAUGCUUAUGUAUGCCAUGAAGUGUCAAACGAGCACCUGAUUGAUGUUGCAGAUUGAUCAUACCGGAGGGAUUAUACUUUGAGCACACCUGUAUUAAAUAUGCAAAUAAUCAGGAGCGGAGCAACAAUUUUUUUUGUAAAGGGGGGUGUCAUUCUAGAAACGCAAUACGUAUGGCAAGAAAAUAGUGGGACGAUUUAAGGAUAACGAAAAUCGUAUAAAUCGUCAAAUAAUAGUUUGCGAUCAAUUGGCAGCGCGUACGCCCUCAACGCCAUUCACCUGGAUCAGCCAGUGAUAUUGUAAUACAGAUGUAUUUAACAGUUUGUGAAUGUCAGUGGUAGGAACCAGCAUUAUAGAAUUCUGCAAAACUACACAAUGUUGAUACUUGUUCGACAAAUAUAUCAUUUUUCAACGUGUUUACAUGAUUGAGUUACCAUGAGAUAGUCCUAUAUAAUUAAUAUUUUUCAUAA